AUGUCCCACAACAUCCUGAUCACCGGAGCCUCCGGCUACCUAGGAGGCACCCUCCUAGCACGCUGGAAGAACGCCAACCUCCCAUCAUAUGGCAAACUAUACGCCUUGGUCAGAUCAGAAGAGCAAGGUAACCAGGUAGAGAAGCUAUACGGCGCGGAACCUCUCAUACUAAAUGUUAGCGAUCACGAGACUAUCACUCAGACUAUCAUCGACAGAGAAAUCACCAUUGUCUACUACCUCAUCGAUGCUUACUCCGCAAAGCACCAGCCCGCAUUCAUCAAAGGCUUAGGAGAGGUCAAGAAGAGAACAGGCAAAGAAGUGCACUUCCUACAUACGACUGGCUCUAAGCAGUUCAGUCGACAUGCGGGAGUCUCUGUCGACCAGGCACUGUUAGAUACGGAUCCGAGACUGUACGAUAUUCAGAAGGCGGCGAAGUCGAGGCAUAAGUUUGCAGCUGAAUCCGCCAACACCAACGCGACAAUCAUCGACACAGCCGAAGCCCACGGCGUGCGGAGCUACAUCUUCGCCCCGUGUCUUGUAUACGGCCCGGGGGAAGGGUUCGGCAACCAGACUUCGAUCCAAGAUGUUGAUAUUGUUCGUGCUGCGAUAAAGAUGCGCCGGGUUCAUAAGGUUGAUAUGGAUGAUCCCAUAUGGCCUGUAUGCCACAUUGCUGAUACAGCAAACUUAUAUCUGCACAUUCUCCGGAAGAUACUAUCAGCGGAAGAAAUUGGCCACGGCAAGAAUGGCUUCUUCCUUGCUUCUUCGGGCAGUGUUACUUGGAAUAAAGUUUACGGUGCUAUGGCUAAGGCGCUUGCGAAGCGUGGAUUGGUUGAGGAUGGAAACGUUGUGCAGGCUGAUGAGGAAGUGCUGGCGAAGAUGGGCGAGGCGCUUGGUGUUGCGCCAGAUGAGGUUCAGGUGCUUCUUGGGGGGAGGUGUAUGUUUACGGCUGAGCAUGGAAGGAAGAUUGGGUGGGAGCCAAUGUAUCCACCUCAACAUAUACUUGAUGUGGCGGACGAGGAAGUUGAGUCUAUCAUGAAGGGGCUGAAGGGGAGUAAUAAGCGGCCGGAUAUUAGGUAG